AUGGACGUACAGACUAUCGACAACAACAACAACAACAAUAACAACCACAAGUCAUACAUGCAACGUUACUACGAGGUGUUCAAAGAGGAGAUCAAGGCCUACAACACCGAGAGGAUACCAUACGCUGUCUGCGGCAAGUUGAUCUCGCGGCACUUGAUGAGGAAGCACGAGAGGAGGGUGCACAGUGAUUGA